AUGAGUGGUUUCCAGAUACUCUUAACCACCAUUAUAGAAGGUUUACUCCUUGGUGCCUCCUAUUGUCUGCUGUUUAUCCCGCUAUUGUAUUUCAACACCCAUCAUCAACGUGUCUUGUAUGGCUCUAUCAUGACAGCCGUGUUAACCAUUGUGGGAUCUGCCCUGUAUUUCUUCCGUGUGAUUCGUCCCAUUGUGAAACUCAAUCAUCGUAUUCAUCAGGCAUUGCGUGGAAUUGCCCCUCCAGUGGAAAGUAUGAAUUCAGUGCAAGAUGCGGGAGCGGCGUAUUCUCUUUUUCUCGGUAGAGAUGAAACCAAUAUCGCAGAUGCCCUGCAGGAGGAACGACGACGAAUAGAAAAUACAUUACAUUUAAUUCCUUCCUACUCCAAAGGUGUUAUUCAUCGUUUUGUGUGGGAACAACAUCGUGCGGUGAAUGAUUUAUUAAGAAGUGUUCUCAAGUGGGAAAAUGGAAUUGUACAGCAAUGUCAACAACGAUUUAUGUAUUUAACAUCUGCAUUGCAGGAACAAACAGAACGUCAAGGAAGUGUACAGCAAACCAAUGAUGAUGGAAUAGCAGCAGCAGCAGGAGUACAACCCUCCUUCUCUCACACAGAUACACACUCAGAAGGUAGUAAUAGUUUACCUGUGGGAUUUGAAACGAUGAAUCUUCAGGAAGUGGAACCUUCUCUCUUCUCUCCAAUGGAUAUAGAUGAAUUAGAACAAGACAUAAUAAAUGAAGCAGAGAACUUGGAAAGAGAUGAAAAUAAAAAUAAAGGUCCACCUAUAGCUAAAAAAGAUAAUUGUGGCGAAUCUAUUAUUCCUGUUACUGAAGUUGAUCCAACACGUGUGAAUGAGAAUAUUAAUGACAAGAGUAAAGGAAAGAAAGAACAACAACUAAAUUCAAAGGAAAUAGAUAAUUCAAAUGGUCAAAAGAAUUAUAAUAUAUCUAAAACUACCCGUAGAGGUUCAUCAGAUAUGGCUCGUUUAAAUCGGCGAGAAAGUGCUUUAUCACAAGAUAAUAAAAGAAAUCAAUAUAGUAAUAGUGAUGAUACUGUAUCUAUAAGGGAAAAUCCUAUAUCCUCCUCUUUAAAGUCUCGAUCUACCGCAAGUGUUUUUGCCCCUACAACGGACAAAACACGACGUCCCUCAGCGGGUGGAGAAUCUAUGUUGGUAACACUUCAACGAGGAAAUCGAUUCGCCACUGAUAAUUAUGCUGUAUUUUUUUAUCUUACCUUGAAGCGUUCUAAUUUACCAGAUACAAUUAUUGGUUUUGAGGCAUCUCUUGUUACUCGAACAGUGCGUGAUAGUACUGAUAAUAAUAAUAAUAAUAGUAAUGACACGGAAACUGCAUCGUUACAAAUUAUUUCUCUCUCUGAAACGGCACCAUUUAAGAUGUUUACCCUUACAUCAAAAGGUGAGAGAGUUUCUCUUAGUGACUCAGAUGCGGCCCUUUUGGGGUUUCUCUCAUGUGAAUUGGAAUCUGAAGGGAUAAUAGAAACACCAAACGCAUCAGGGGAAGUAAUGACAUCUCGGCCUUUGUUUGGAAACAACAAUAAUAAUAAUAGUAACAAAGUUGGUAGUGGUAAUAAUGUUAAUGGUGGGAUUCCAAGAGAUAAAAGACUUUGUUUUGUGGUAUCAUGGGCUGUUCUUCCAGAUAUGCCUAUUCGCUUAACUACUUUACCUCUACGUGUGCAGAAUGUGGGGAUUCGUACAGUACCAGUUUUGGAAUGUCUUAUUGAUGAUGUUUUUUCUAUUAUGGAUUCUGCAGUGGUGUGGAUGGAAAAGGAUGGAGUGAGUGCGAAGGAACGUGUGGUAUCCGUAGAACUUCAAGGUGUUUCUAUUGAAGAUUCAUCAGAGAGUGAUGCCAGUGAAGGAGCAGAGCCGCAGGCCAGAGGAAAUAUUAGUAGUUUUGGUAUGUCGGUGUCGAAAAGGAUUAUAUUGGGUUGA